ACGCAAUUACUAACAAAAACCUUGCGUUAAAUUUUACAACAAUAUUGCGGUUUGUACGAGUUGAUGUGUGGAUAAAAUUCUCGAUUUUUCACUGAAAAAUGUUUAGUUAUAGAACAUUAUGAAAGUGGUUACAUGCGUACUAUUUGCUGUAGCUGUUAGUACCGAAGAGAGUUUUAAAUAUGAACAAAAACAAAAUUAUGGAUUAGGUAGACCAGUAAUAUUAAAUUACCGAAGAAUGUUCAAAGGUUAUCCAUAUCCUGAGCCCUUGCCAUCUUCUACAAGUUAUUACAUUCGAUCACCGUACAGAAAUCUCUACCAGGGUAAUAGAAAGAAACAAGAUAAACGAGUUUAUAGCAAGAAAUUCAAAUAUGCCCCAACACCAACAGGAAAUCACAUGUCUUGUGAAGGAGUCUUUGAAUGUGUUAUAUCACACUUAGCUAUAGAGACAAAUGGGAACACUCCAAUUGUACUAAGAGGCGGCGUCGGGUACAGGCACUUCACUGUGGUUAUCAAAGCACAGCCUGGAGACGAGCUGAUUGCCAGAGUCAGGGCAUAUUGUCCUCCGGAUCUCCCGUGAAUAGAAACUAUGAUUUUCACAGGUCCUGUUACUUGAGUA